AUGCAUCGAAUUCUUCAGGUGCGGCCUGGCGCAGGCCUUUGCCAUGCGGGCAAAGAGACAUGCGACAGACGUGUGGAUGGCAGCUACAUCGAUGUACAGGCGCUGCAGCUGAGUGCUGGAGGCAACAGCCUCGUCAUCCUUCAUGGUGGGCAGUUCCUGGAUUCCUGGGACUUGGAGAUUGGUGCCUUCACAGGGCAGAUACGGUUAGCCCGCCCUGGGUUGCUGGACGCGGAGCCAGCAGAGUCGGCGGAGUCGGCGGAGCCGGCGGAGCCGGAUGCCUUUGAAUUAGGCACGCCUCGGGGCGAGCGUCGCUGCGGCUUUGCUAUCGAAGACGAGUUCGAUUGUUGGACCGAAAGUCCCAAGAAAGUGACAAAGCCGCCUGGCGCGGUGUCACCUGCCCCAGCAGGUGCCAGCUACGAUCUGUCUCCGAGGAGCGACACACCCGUGGAGAAAACUGAAGCGUUCCAGCUAGAAGAAGAGGAGAAUGCAUACCUGUCUGCAGUCCAGCUGCUGAAGGAGAUGGGGUCUGGCAGGGCGGAGGCGGAGGUGGCAUGGAAGACGUGCGUUCUCCGCGAAAAACUGCGCCUUGCGAGAUCUCUGGCAGCAUCUCGCACUCCCCCACUACGGCGGAGCAUCUCCCGCGAGUCCGGCGACACGAGCGUGGACGACAUUGAAGCAGGGCAUGUCCCUGAAGAUCUCGAGCUUUGUCCAGCUGAUUGGCCAGAGCAGAAGUUCCGCCCACUGGGCGUUGACUUUUCUUUCAACUUCGCGGCACUGGAGAUGGCUGAGCAGGAGUAUGAGGCAGAGGCCCGAGCAUUACUUCGCGAAGUCCUUUCCACUUGGCAACGGGCGGUCAGAUCCCGUGCAAUGGCGCGAUAG